AUGCUAGCCAAGGCUGCGGCUUCGGCGUCGUCGCCCAUGGUACAAGGCGGAGUUUCUUUGGAUUUCACGGACAUUAAAUGUUUACAACAUUCGACAUCGAUAUGGAAGCUCAAGCAAUUGAUCCAUGUUUGUAAAAUGCUAAACAGAACGUUAGAACUUAAGAAGAGUGAAAAUUUGGUUCCCCUUACGAAUAUAGUUAUUGCGCUGGCUACUGGGUUCCAUUUUAACGUGUCAGCUGUGAUUGAAAAAAGGAUCGAAAUUCUUUCGCAGUUUAAGCAGUGCAAGCAAGGUACUGUAAGCGCCCCUCUGGUACCAAGUGCUCUCAAGAUUGAUGUCAGAUUAGCACCUGUAGAAGAAGACAUUGGUGUCUACGUGGGGAAGGUCUACGACAAGGAAUUACAAUCCCAAUUGCUCUUGUCGUUGCAACAUGUUGCAGAAAAUGCUCUUCAAAUAUACCAGUCCAAAGUGAAACAGUUGAUUGUCGAAAGAAACUCCAAUAGACCUACUGAUAUAUCUGGUCGCGUCGUAUCUUUGGACGAAAAUGCAUUUGAUGAUUUGCUUUUCCCUCAUGAGUUGAUGUUCGGUCUUGACCUUUUAGCAAAUCUUCGAGACAAAUCCAAGGAUACCACAAGCGCAGCGUUCUUUUCACUAGCUCUGUCCAUCCUUGAUAAAUUUAAAUCAAAUUUGAAUGAAAAGUGCUUGCCUCCAAUCAGAUUAUAUUACACCACAAUGAUGAAAUUUACUAAAACAAAGGGUCUGUAUUCGACCAAUGUCUUGAUUCGUCUUCCAUACUGGCAAUUCACAAUGCAUCGGAUAUACACAGCAUCUCUACGAAACAAAAGUUUAAUAGAUGUUAUACGCGCCGUUUUGAGACAAAUAUAUCUCCCUAAUAAAUCCCAUUUCCAUGAUGAAUUUGUGAAGUUGCAUUCUCAAAAUCUUCAUGAAUAUUUAGAGUUGUUAGAGCAGUUGGACGAGUUUUGUACCUCUCAAACACUGGAAAAGGAGUUGGUGGAAAAUUUCAAGCAAUAUUCGAAUCAGAACUCGGUGUAUCAUGUGCAUUUCAGCAAUAUCCAAAACGCUUAUCAGUCGUUGUUACUGAAAUCCGUACAAAUUCUUCGAAGGGCAACAAAGCUCGUCGACACCUUCACGUCUCAGUGGAAAGCUAUUUCUAAUAGUAUGAAAAAUAUCGACUUCGAUAACUUGAGUGGAGCGGAACUGACUAAAAUGGUAUCAGAAAAGCUGGAAGUUGAUAAGUUAGCAUAUUCCGAGAAACAAUCUAAUCUCAACAAUAAUAACAUUAAUAACCACCUAGGAAUAGACUCGAAUUCAGAACAAAGGUCCGGAUUUUCCUCCUCCUCCUCCUCCUCUUCUAUUAAUGCCUCACCAAGUGUUCUAUCCCCCGUUACUCUGAGUCGAACACCAUCAAUGAGCAAGUCAGAUAUAUCUAAAUCUCCAUCAUCUCCUAUUCCAUUUGUUGACGCCAGCGAGUCACCACAAGAAAUAAAACAAACCCCUGUUAGAAGGAGAAACAGAUCCUCUUCACUUCAAUCUGAAAACCAAUCAAAUGGUAGAGCUUCUACUGCAACCUCACUUCGUAACAAUAUGCGCUCCAAUUCACUUCAAACUGGUUCUGCAAACACCCAAAGACUGGUACAAAAUGCAUAUUCAAAAGCCCUGUCGUCGCUGAAUGACAAAAGAUCACCUCUGCUAACUCCAGCAAAGUCACUAGCUGCAAAGCCAAAACCUUCGUCACCAAUCAUCACAAGGCAAAAUUCCGUAAAGGCAAGGAAUAAAAUGAACUCUUCGAAAUUGAACGAGGUGAACGAAUCAAUGAACAACCUGCGACUGGAUGAAGAAACUCUCAUAAUUUCUCAAGAAUCCCUUUCAUCGGACACAAAUGAUGGGAUAAAGAAUCCAGAUAUAAUAGUUUCUGGCGCGGAUGAGAAUGAUUCGAUGUUGUCAAGUAGUGAAACGCCUUCUGAAUCUACCAUCAAAAAGGUGCGGUUCACUGGAGUUCCACCAAUGACCCCAGAUGAAGAUCCCGAGCCAAAGAGGCGUGGGUGGUAUAAAAAACCUGCAGUACUACAUUAUCCUACACCUCCUGCUCAGUUCUCACUACAGAAAUCAAGAUUGUCUCAAGAGGGAUUAGCGUUUAGGACAAGCUUGAUAGCUAGAGAUCAAGCUGCCGAACGGAAAUUUGGCUACGAAACAGCUUACCCAUCUCAUCAAGGUACAGGAACUAAAAUGGUAAAUAAAAUCAAAGAUAAGCUAAUCAGAUAA